UAACCUCUUCGUACGCAUUGUACGCUUUUUUGCUACAUUUGUAGUAUAUUAAAAUGUAUCAUAAUAAAUUAAAUGUAAUUUUUAUUGACUGUUAAGAAAAUACAUACUUGUUGUCAAGUGUUGACAAUAUAUAACUAUCAACAUGGACAUGUAUCAGCUGAGAAAUUUUAAAGAUUUUCUCCUGCUCUACAAUCAAAUAUCUGAGACUUGUUUCAAGAGAUGCGCUAAUACUUUUCUCACUCGAGAAAUUACUGCUAAUGAGGAUUUCUGCAUAAGCAACUGUGCACAGAAAUAUAUUCAUGCUAACCAUAAGAUAAUGGAAGUAUUUAUGGAAGUACAACCUGUGAUGGUACGUAGAAGAAUGGAGGAAAUAAGCACAACUCAAGCAACAUUGGAAGCACAAGCACAAGAUCAGCAAGCACAAGAUCAGCAAGCACAAAAUCAACAGAUGCAACAGAACUUGCAGUAACAUUUAUUAUAAAUUUAUAUGUUUGAGACAUAUUUACUAAUUUCAAACAUUCUUUAGAGAAAUAUAUAUUAUAAAUUGUACAAUAAUAUUGAAGCAUAUAAAGCGUUAGUUUCAAGAAA